CAGUCACCGAGUCGAUCGAGCUUCUUCCGCCGCGUACUGUACUGUUCGGUUCUUUCGCGAGGUGGCGGCGAUGGAGGGCUCCGACGCGACGGUGCUCUCUAUCUCCGAUCUGCUCCGCCGGUCUCGCCCUUUCUCCGCCACGUCGUCUCUCCGGUCGACCCCCCGCCGUCGGUUCUCUCCUCCGCCUCCGGAACCGAGCCGCCGCCGCGAGGAGUCUCGCGAUCCCAGCCCUAGCCCUAGGGUUCUUACUCCUCUGAACCACCCCGCGAUGCUCGUAGGGACCGUGACGAUUCCUGUCGGCGACGGCGACGGCGAUUCCUCCGCAGCUCUCAAGUGCUCGAACAACGGCGGCACUUGCUUCCAGUUCUCCGACGGUGCUUCCAGGAUCUGCUGCGACGUCCUCGACUUCAGCGCUCACCUUUUGGGGAAGAGAAUCCGUGUGGUCGCUUUCAAUUUCAUUCCGUUCAAGCACGGCGGGGGGUUUCUGGAGAUUAUUAGAUGGAGCUUUGCCCAGUCCCAUGGUGGGCUCCGGCCUUGUUCGAGCUCGAGCGCGCUUGCGUUGGGUUCAGGUUCCUCCUCCGAAGACUGUUCCAAAGCGCGUUACUGUGUUCGUGGCGUGGUGGAGUCUAUCAGUCCCGUUUCUGUUGUUCCCUGUUCCUCCGGGACUAGCUUUGGCUCUGGCAGCACGAGGAAUCUUCGCGGUUUCCUAGCACGAAUCAUGAUUUGUGGAUGUAAAUUAUGUGGCUCCAGAGAUAUAACUAAGGUUUUAAUGGAUAAUUCGAGCGGGAGUUCUGAAAGUCACGCUUAUUCUCUGCCCGAGUUUGUGUAUUUCUGCGGGUCUGCUUCGUUUUGGCACCCUGCAAUUACUAAGCUGAUAGGUGAUGUUGUAGUGUUAUCGCGAUUGAAGAAAAAGUUGGUUUACAUAGGGAAGGAUGAGUCUCAGGUGAUGUUUGUGACGAUGGAGAAGUCCCUUCUGCAUCUGCCCGAAAUGUCUUCAAAAAUGUCAGCGCAUGAGAGGACUAGUAGUGAGAAAACAAGACAUUGUAUUAUUUAUACUGGCCUUGUGACUGGGAUCUACAUGCAAGGAAUGGUUGUUGAGCUGGAUAAAAAAGUUUGGCUUUUGCUAACUGAUCAGCAGUUUCAACCGCCCCACAGUCUAAGAGUUGGCGCCAUUAUUUCUGUGAAAAAUGCUCAUCUUCUGAAUGGAAAAUAUUCUUGGGCAGAAAUGCUGAUACUUGGAGGUUGCUUUAGGACUAGUAUUUUGGUAGAGUCCUUGUCCCCUUUUGAAAUGAGCUGCUAUAAUUUCUCAGAUACACAGAGCAUGUUGGGAAAAUUCAUUGCAACCCUGUCAUAUCCUGCCAGGUUAUGGGUUCUCCUCACAAUUUCAUGUUUCCGCAAAAAGUUUUCUGGGAUCUUUUCUGAGAAGGAGAUUCUGGGAUCGAAAAAUAAGGAAGGACUGUUGCAGAUGUAUGCUAGUUCACAUUUACCUUCCUGGGCAUUUCGAAAUCGGCAUGGAGUUUUCGUGGAGAUGUGUAAGCAUGAUUUUUGUGGCCAUGGUUGGGAACUAGGCUGCACGAAGCUGAAAUUGACAGUACCCUUCUCCUUGUUGGUUUGUUGUUGUGAAUCCAUAUGGGAAGGAUUGUUGGUGGAAUCAGAAAAGGCUUGUAAAGUAUCAGAUGAUGACAACAAAAGCAGCAAUCUUUAUGGUGUCAGAGGAUCUUAUAGUCAGUUAAUUAAGAGGAUCAUUCCAAGCGACAACAUUGGUGUCACUCUACUUGGAAAUCUCAAGGUUUGUCCAUUUACCGGAAGGUUGCAGUUGGUUGAUGCCACCAGAAGUCUUGAUGUUGUCAUUCCUGACCUUCCAUCAACUUGGAAUUCCAACAGCCUAUAUGAGGUAAGCGACUAUAGUGUUAUUAUAACAGGUGUAACUCAGCGGACAGGUCAACUUAGACCAUUUGAUCGAGAAUCCUUUUCCUGUAGAAGUAUCUUUAAUUACAUACCCUUGGUGAGGGAGAUGGGAUUGGACAUCUCCAUCUGUUUUCUUUUGAACGAUGCGAACCGCAUAGAUUUUCAUGAGACCUCCGAGGAUGGACAUGAGGAACUUGGCAGUGGCAGUUAUCAUAUAUUGCGUAUAGUGCACAAGUUUCCUCUGUUGCGAAAGUUAUCAACUGAUCCUAUGAUAUCGGCGUCUAUGUUCGUCGAGGCCAUAAUCUUACCAUGGUACUUGUUUCUUGCGGAUAAAGAUGGAAUGGAACGUCUACCAUAUGCUUUGAUGGACCAGCUGGAGGAAGCUGUGGGACGUAAGUCCAAUAAAUGGGCUGAUGGUUCCUCAAAGAGACUUAAAACUGAUAUUACACUGAGCAAUGGCGAUAGAAGGUUCCAUGACUUGAAUUAUCAUAAAGUACCAUGCCAGGUUACUGUUAGAGGGGUAAAAACCGGCUUGCCCGCUAGGCCAGGAUCAUUGGGUCGUGUUAAAGACAAUAGCAGGAAUGGCAUUUCCUAUAAAGUAAGCCCUCACAAGGUAUGGCUGGAGUUUAAGCCCUCUGAUGUCUCCAAGUAUCAGACGUUGAAUAUCGGUGGCUAUUAUAUACUAAAUCAUGGUAAAGAAGAAAAGCUCUGUCAUCUUGAGGACUCUGCUAGGGGUGUGAAAAUUCAUUUUCCCCCUGAAACAAAGUUGUGGAGGCUUUCGUUCUCUUCUAGAGAUACUCUCCUUCACAAUAUACCCAAUGAUUCUCCAUUGUGCUCUGAUCAAGUUCUUUUGGGAGAAGAAAGUGGAAAUUUCACAGAGGCAUUCUCUGGCUAUUCUUCAAAAAGUUUCCCUGAUAUUUGUCUUGAUGUAUCCACUGAGGCAGCAGGUCCCUUUCAGAUGGAUCUUCUGGAAAUAGAACAUAGCUUGACAAAUCCAACUGUUAAUACUGAGGAUAUCACUGUGUCUUCAUGUAGCGGGGACAUGAUUUCUUCCCUUUCCUGUAAAUUUCCUAGUCGUGGUCAUCUUUUUCCAGAUGGGGAUCUUGUCAGUAUUAAUGGAGAUGUCGUUGCCAUUCAGAGAUUUGAAAGUACUUCCUGCAAUCUGUUUCCAAGCCAUGAAAACCUUCUCACAAGCAGUCAACAGUCCAGAGAUUUUAUUGGAGAUACAAGUAGUAUCCGUGUUCACGUUUUGACGGGCAAUGGCACUGUGCAGAUAUUUGGCUCUUUGAGAAACCAUGCUUAUCCAAUCGGUUUUGGACCUGGUGUAAAUGCAACAUUCUGUAGAAUCCUGAAGCUCGGUGGGCAGGAAGGAUUCUUGUUGACACCAAUAUCAUUCAUCAUGACAAAUUCCAUGAGGAUGAUCAAUGAGCAGUGCGGGACUAAGGAUACUGCCAUGCAGUCUGUGUCCGACAGAAAGGUCGCCUUCAAUGAUGCUUCUUCAGGUUUUAUUUCUGAAUUGACACAAGACCCUGGAUGCAGCACGAUGCAACUCCGUUGCAAGGUUAUUGCUGUCCACAUUCUGAUACUGGAAAAGACAAAUAUAGAAACAGAUUGUGUACAACUGGGGUUCUCUCACCGGUCCUCUCUUGUCAACAUUCCGAUUGCUGGUUUUGUAGUUGAAGAUGGCUCCUCUUUAUGUUUUUGCUGGGCUAAUGCUGAUCGGGCAUCGACCUUGUUAAGAUUGAACGAAAAGCUCCCAACGACAGCUCUAGAGAGCACUAACUGGACGCUAAAAUGGGUUGGAAAAGAAAAAAAUGCCUCCAGAACAAGUGCAUAUUAUGUUGAUAGAUUUCUAAAGAAGCAUGUCAAAAUCACUGUGAAAAAUUGUGGGUCCAUGCUGGAUUCUUCUCGUCAAGAUCUUAUGUUCUCAGUUGGUUCACAUGAUGUCCUCAGCAACUUCGAGGAGGACAUUCUGAAAUAUAUUCUCUUCAAUGCUAGCUUUGCCACAGAUUGGAACAUAGUUGGAACUGCCAUGGAUUUAAAUGCUGCUCGACAGUUGGAGAAACAGCACUUCCUGGAAAUGGAUAUGGAAUCGGAGUCCAUUCAGCACAUGUGGGCAGUGGAAGUUUCUCAUGUAAACCCUCUUGCUGAGGCUAAAAGGACUAUCGAAGAGUUGCUACCCAGCAGUCGCUGCAAUGAUUAGAUUGGUUGCAGGAUAUGGGUGGAGGUCUACUCAUCAUACAUCUGCUGAAUUCCGGGGGGGUUGUCCAGGUGCUUUUCAGUGGGCCUGGCUGUUGCCUUAGACCCUGCUAGGCAAGUGCAGAAACAUGUCCCACAGUCAGAUUAAAAUGCAUUCGAGUGCUCAGAUGUUAAGAUCCAGAAAAUUAAUCUGACAAGGCCCAAGGUGUAUACCAAAGGCUUGAGUUCUCGGUAUCUCCACAGAUCAUCAGCAACUUGAGAGGUACCAUAGUUUCUGAGGGCCUAACAUGCCUUGAUAUAGGCUGCUAUGUUUUGUGCGCUGUGCUCCCGUUCAGCAAGGGCUUGUUUGUGCCUAGUGAUGGGAUCAGUGUUCACCGUUUCUCAAAGAUACCUCCUUGUUCUCCAACUAAAACUUAAUUGAUCACAUGAGAGUCGCCUUAUCAGAAGUUGAUAUCAAUAUCUUCCAGUGAAAUAAAGUAAGCAAAUUUUAGAGGAGAGUUGUCAGAGGUUGGAAAUCCAAAUGAAGGGCGACUGGUGGGGGAUUGCUGCUCAGCUCAAGCUGAUUUCGAUGUGUUGUUUUGAUUUUAUUUUUUCAUUUUAUAUAAGUAGCUGGUGAAUGUUGCUUAGGAGGCAGAAAUGUUGGUUUUUCUCUUUGAUAUCCUGAGCUUGUGAUUGGCAAGGCUUCACCGAGUGGUACUCUUUUGGAAAAUGUGGGUGAUUUUGUGUUGUC